GCCACCUCCUUUCCCUCCGUGUCCAUUUUCUCUUUCUCUGCAACCCUAGCUCUCUCUGUCUCUCUCUCUUUCUCAGAAAAGCUUAAAAAAGGUCGUUUGACCGUUUUGUCGUCAUCACAUGAGACGGUCCCCUGUACUUCUCCUCCAAUCAUAUUCUGAUUCUAUUAAUCACUUUCAGUCAUCAUCGUCAUCAUCAUCAAGUGACAGUAGUAUUUUCUGUAUUUUGACCACACUAAUACUUUGUUUUGCACACAAAUAAAAAUUAAAACAACAACAGCAAAUUAACAAAACCGUGAAAACGAUGUCCGGUGGUUCCGAUGUGGCCGAUACCACUUCCCUAUCCUGCGCUCGCUGUGGCAAACCUGCUCGCCUUCAGUGUCCCAAAUGCGUGGAAUUAAAGCUCCCUCGCGAAGGUGCUGCUUUCUGCACUCAAGAUUGUUUCAAGGCUUCUUGGAGCUCUCAUAAAGCAGUGCAUUUGAAGGCAAAGCUGUCCUCACUUGGGACAGGUACUCCGCAUGAACAAAAUUCAGACUUACUUAAUGAAGAUUGGCUAUAUUGCUUGAAGAAAGGACAGGCUCGAACUCCAAAACUUCCCCAUUUUGAUUGGACAGGGGAGUUAAGGCCAUAUGCUAUAUCUAGAAGACGUGCUGUACCUGCUCAUAUUGAGCUUCCUGACUGGGCAGCUGAUGGUAUCCCAAAAACUGAGCCCAAUAGUGAUCUGCAGCAUGUUGUUGAGAUCAAAACACCGGAUCAAAUUGAGAGAAUGAGAGAGACUUGUCGAAUUGGAAGGGAAGUUUUGGAUGCAGCUGCUCGUGUAAUACAGCCUGGUGUGACAACUGAUGAGAUUGACAGAGUGGUUCAUGAUGCAACUAUUGCGGCUGGAGGAUAUCCUUCUCCUCUCAAUUAUCAUUUCUUCCCAAAGUCUUGCUGCACGUCAGUUAAUGAAGUAAUUUGCCAUGGAAUUCCAGAUGCAAGGAAAUUAGAGGAUGGUGAUAUUGUAAAUGUUGAUGUAACUGUGUACUAUAAAGGUGUCCAUGGUGAUCUCAAUGAAACGUAUUUUGUGGGUAAUGUUGAUGAAGAGUCUCGACGGCUGGUUCAAUGUACUUAUGAAAGCUUGGAGAAAGCAAUAGCUAUCGUGAAACCUGGGGUGCGAUUCCGUGAAAUUGGGGAAGUUAUUAAUCGUCAUACUACAAUGUCGGGGUUCUCAGUGGUAAAAUCAUAUUGCGGUCAUGGUAUUGGAGAGCUUUUUCAUUGUGCGCCAAAUAUUCCCCAUUAUGGAAGAAAUAAAGCAGUUGGUGUAAUGAAGGCUGGGCAGACCUUUACAAUUGAACCAAUGAUCAAUGCUGGGGUUUGGCGUGAUCGGAUGUGGCCUGAUGGAUGGACUGCUGUCACUGCUGAUGGCAAACGCAGUGCUCAGUUUGAGCACACUCUUCUGGUGACACAGACUGGAGUUGAGGUUCUUACAGGGCGGCUGCCUUCCUCCCCAAAUGUGUUUCCUUGGCUAAAUGCGUAAUAAUUGUCAACUAUCAGCAAUUGUCUGUAUGGUGAACCUGCAUCCACCAAUAUCAUGCCAUCAGUGAACAAUCACUGAUUAUUGAUUGAUGGUUUUCUAGAUUCCUACCAUUUCCUUUUCUGUUGGAUGCGAAUGUGUUAUUGGAAGUGUGCUUUGGUGUUUCACACCUUUUAAACAAUCUUGUACUUUUUUUUUUUUUUUUUUAAAAUAUUUUUUGUAGUUGCUAACUGGUGUUUGUCUUGGACCCCAGUAAGUUAUUCGAAUAAACAUUUUUAAUUUUUGGAUAAAUUAGGAAAAAAUUUGUUUAGAUUUUAUGUUAUUGCUUAUGUUUUUACU